AUGUCGCGCGUCCCGGCUGCGAAGAGGAGAAGGCUAUCUCCACCUGAAGAUGCUGCGCGAACGAAUAGUGCGACCGAGGACCAUAAGACUACGUUUUUGAAGAAUGCGGCGAAAUGGGAUCUCGAGCAGGACUAUGAAACGAGACCACGCAAACUGAACAAGAAGAAGGAAACGAAGAAGCUUCCCGUCAGGACCACUGAGGGAUGGGUUGCGCCGCCGCCGAAUGCGCACGAUUUGAAGGAAGAAGAGUCGGACAGCUUUCUUGGGUCUGGAAGUGAAGGCGAGGAGGAAGAGGCGCAGUCUGGGGAGGAAGAUGUCGAGGAGCAAAAACCCAAAAUACCCGCACGACAACAGAUCCUCGAGGCCAAAGAAGAAUUGGCACGAAUUGCCAGCCUGGUCAACGAAGACCCGGAAGAACACAUCCAUGCCUUGAAGACACUCGAGGCCAUUGCCAAUUCUGAGAAUAUCACAGUGAAGAAGCUGGCGCUAGCUACCCAAGUAGCCAUCUAUAAGGAUUUGAUUCCAGGUUAUAGGAUACGGCCGCUUUCCGAGGAAAAGAUGCAGGAGAAGAUCUCCAAGGAAGUAAAAAAACUGCGCCAAUUCGAACAGAAGCUCGUGUCAGGUUAUGAGGCAUAUGUCAAGCACUUGGCCAAGCUGGCGAAAUCGAGUGGGUCAAACAAUGAGCAGGCUGCAGGACUGGCUUCAGUGGCUGUGACCUGUGCCUGCAAUUUGCUCAAUGCUGUACCGCAUUUCAACUUUCGCGGAGAGUUGCUAAAAAUAUUGAUUGGGAAGCUGAGCACGAGACGUGUGGAUGCAGACUUUGUGAAAUGCCGGGAAGCGUUGGAGACGUUGUUUGCGACGGACGAGGACGGUGUAGCAGCACUGGAGGCAGUCACUAUGCUGACUAAGAUGAUGAAGAGCCGGAACUACCACUUCGAUGAGAGCGUUCUCAACACUUUCUUGCAUCUGCGUUUGCUGUCCGAGUUUGCACAAAAGGCAUCCUAUCAUUCGGUUGAUAAGAAGCAAGAGCUCGAGGUCCAUGGCAAGAAGGGCAAACAAAAGCGCGAGUUUCGGACUAAGCGACUCCGUAAAGAACUGAAGGAGAAGAAGGCCAUCGAAAAGGAGUUCAAAGAGGCCGAUGCAGCCGUCAGUCAUGAGGAGCGCGACAGGAUGCAAGCUGAGACGCUGAAAAUGGUCUUUGUCGCCUACUUUCGCAUACUCAAAGCUCGUGAACCGAAGCUCAUGGGUGCUGUCCUCGAAGGUCUAGCACGUUACGCCCACCUUAUCAACCAAGACUUCUUCGGCGACAUUCUCGAGGCCCUGCGCGACAUCAUCGCCACUGCCGAACUCUCCGCAGCCGCCAAUGUGGAAGAAGAUGAAGACGCUUCAGGAGAUGAAUCCGACGAUGACAACGAAGCCCCUGAGCGCAAUCUCACGCGCGAAUCUCUCCUCUGCGUCAUCACCGCCUUCGCGCUGCUCGAAGGCCAGGACGGCGCAAAGACGGCUUCAGCACUCAAACUUGACCUCAGUUACUUCAUCACACAUCUUUAUCGGACACUCCAUCCUGUUGCCCUGAACCCAGACAUUGAGCUUUCGUCCAAGUCUUUACAUCUCGCUGAUCCGGGCUCGGAAACUUCGCACGCGGACACGGCUAAGGUCAACGUCCAAACCACCAUCGUCCUGCUCAUCCGCUCUCUCUCCUCCGUUCUCCUACCUGCAAGUUCCAUCCGUGCCGUCCCGCCCCUGCGUGUCGCAGCAUUUCUCAAACAAUUGAUGACUGUCUCUCUGCACUUACCAGAGAAGUCUUGCACGGCCAUGUUGGGUUUGCUCAACCGAAUCACAAAGACGCAUGGUAAAAAGGUAGCGCCGCUGUUCAAUACCGAGGAAAGGAGAGGAGAUGGUGUGUUUGAUUCGCUGAAGACGGAGAUUGAGGGGAGCAAUCCGUUUGCGGGGACCGUCUGGGAGGGGGAGAUAUUGAGGCGGCAUUUUUGUCCGGGGGUGAGGGAGGCGAUGGGUGGGAUUGAACGGAAUGUGAUGGAGGCUGCUAAGUAG